CCGGAGGAGGCCCCGCGCUGGAUGGAUGUCUCUGUGGCCGCGGAGCUUCGGCCUGAUCGUUCCGUGGAUGUUUAGGCGUUUUGUUUCUGUCGCCGCUGAGCGCACACCGUGAAAGCUGGCCGCCCCUGGAGCUCUCUGUGACGACGUGGGCGUGAGCGUGAUGAGCGCGCGCUUUCGUUUACCUUCGGCCAAAUCCUACAAUGUGCGAGCAAGCGAGCUGGAGAGAGAGAGGAGCCACGCCCAGGCCGUGUGCAACGUACUGCUAACCUGGACAACUGUGUGCAUUGCCUUCAAAGUCAACAAGGCGGACCCUGGGCAGGUGCUGUUGGACCUGGUCUUUAAGCACCUGGAGCUGACAGAGAGGGACUACUUUGGACUGCACCUGAGCGACGAGUCGUCCGACGCCCCGCGAUGGCUCGACCCAAACAAACCAAUCAGGAAGCAGCUCAAGAGAGGUUCCCCUCACAGCCUCAGCUUCAGAGUCAAGUUCUUUGUGAGUGACCCGAGCAAACUGCAGGAGGAGUACACGAGGUACCAAUACUUCCUUCAGAUAAAGCAGGACAUCCUGACGGGCCGUCUGCCCUGUCCACACAACACGGCUGCUCUGCUGGCCUCCUACGCCGUUCAGUCUGAACUGGGGGACUACAGUGAGCAGGAACACCCAAUUGGAGAGUACCUUUCCGACUUCAGUUUCAUCCCUAACCCCCCUCAAGACUUCCACCGCGAGGUCUGCAAGCACCACCAGCAGCACAGCGGCCUGACCCCGGCCCAAGCUGAGUUCCAGUACUUGAACACGGCUCGGACUCUGGAUCUUUAUGGGGUGGAGCUGCACUGGGCCCGAGACCAGAGCCAGACCGAGAUCCUGCUUGGCGUCCAGUCUGGAGGGAUCCUGGUCUACAAGAACCGGGUCCGGAUCAACUACUUCCCCUGGUUAAAAAUCGUGAAGAUCUCAUUCAAAUGUAAACAGUUCUUCAUCCAGCUGCGCAGAGAAGUGUCGGAGUCGCGGGAGACGUUGCUCGGGUUCCACAUGGGGAACUAUCGCUCCUGUAAGAACCUGUGGAAGGCCUGUGUGGAGCACCACACCUUCUUCAGACUAGAGCGCCCCCUACCUCCUCACAAGAACUUCUUCAGCCACUACUUCACCCUGGGGUCAAAGUUCAGAUACUGUGGUCGGACGGAGGUGCAGUCGGUGCAGUACGGCAAAGAGAAGGGCAUCAAGGACCGAGUGUUUGCCAGGUCUCCGUCGAAACCGUUGUGCAGAAAGCUGGUGUCGGACUGGGACUCGGUCAGCAGGAACUCUCUGUCUGAAGAACGCCUCGAAACACAGAGCCUCCCCAACAGAUCCCCCCCAGGGACCCCCAACAAAAACUCCCUUUUCGUGUCGGAGGGCACCCGCGUGCGCCCCUCCUCUGUGGGUCACCUGGUCGAUCAUGUGAUCCACUCCUCGCCCUCACUUCCUGUUUUCUCGUCUAAUCACAAGUCUGCGUCGUCCACACAGGCCAACAGCAUCUCUCUGGACUCUACGCCGUCUCCGGAGGGCGUGGCCGGGCAGCCUCCCGCUCUGCCGCCCAAACAGCUGAGCAGAAAAACCCUGAGUCAGAUCAUCCAGGCCCACUCCCAACAGAGCCUGUACGACGAGCCGGGAGCCGACAGCGCCACCUUGAAUGGAGUGGUGCCUCAUGAUAAUCUGGUGCUGAUCAAAAUGAGACCCGACGAACACGGACGCUUCGGAUUCAACGUCAAGGGAGGGGCAGAUCAGAAAAUGCCCAUAAUCGUGUCCAGAGUGGCUCCUGGGACCUCGGCGGACCUGUGCGUGCCGCGUCUGAAUGAGGGAGACCAGGUGCUGCUGAUAAACGGCAGGGACAUCUCAGACCACACCCAUGACCAGGUGGUCAUGUUCAUCAAGGCGAGCUGUGAGAGCCACUCGGGGGAGCUGAUUCUGCUCGUAAGGCCAAACGCGAUCUACAACAUGGUGGAGGAGAAGGACUCGGAGCCGGAGUUUCAGUACAUCCCAGAGAAAAGUCCAAUCGACUCAAGUGUGGACCAAAACGCCCUGAGAGAGUCCAUGAGCGCGCUGAGGGAGGGGCUCCGGCAGGGGGCGCUGCUGCAGCAGUUUGAUGCCCUGUACCGGAAGCGUCCGGGGAUGACCAUGCUUUGUGCCAAAUUACCUCAGAACGUCUCGAAGAACCGCUACAGAGACAUCUCCCCCUACGAUGCCACUCGAGUGAUUUUGAAAAGCACGGACGAUUACAUCAACGCAAACUACAUCAACAUGGAGAUUCCGGCGUGGAGUCUGAUAAACCGUUACAUCGCGUGCCAGGGGCCACUGCCGCACACGUGUCCAGACUUCUGGCAGAUGACCUGGGAGCAGGGCUCGUCUCUGGUGGUGAUGCUGACCACACAGGUGGAGCGGGGACGGGUGAAGUGUCAUCAGUACUGGCCCAACCCCGAGAGCAGCGCGGCGUACGGCGACUUCAACGUGACCUGCCACAACGAAGAGGGCGGAGCCGCGUUCCUCGUCAGAGAGAUGACCAUCAUGCACAAGCCGAGCGGGCAGCAGAGGGAGCUGACACAGAUCCAGUACUUGGCGUGGCCGGAUCACGGCGUUCCUGAUGAUUCCACAGAUUUCCUGGACUUUGUGACUCUGGUCCGGUCGAAGCGCUCGGGUCAGGACCAGCCCGUGGUGGUGCACUGCAGCGCUGGGAUCGGCCGCACCGGCGUCCUCAUCACCAUGGAGACGGCCCUGUGUCUGAUGGAGUGUGGUCAGCCCGUGUUUCCUCUGGACAUCGUGAGGACCAUGAGAGACCAGAGAGCCAUGAUGAUCCAGACCCCGAGCCAGUACCGCUUCGUGUGUGAGGCCAUUUUGAAAGUGUACGACGAGGGGCUGGUCAAACCCGUGCACCGGCCCGUCCAGCAGAGGGAGGCGGAGCGACCCCUGAACGACCAAUCGCAGAGCGCCACAUCAUCAUUGGCGGCGUGUGCGGAGGGGGAGGGGCCGGGAGAGCGCCACCUGCUGGAGCUGGACGAGGACGACGAGGGCGACGUGGAGGUUUUGGACAUCACCGAGGAGACGGAGGGAGAGACCGAAGACGAGUGCCUUAGCGUGGGCAGCAUCGGGAGUCGAACCAGCAACCAAGAGACCAGCAAAAGACCCCAAACCAGUCCAGAACCGGGCCCGGACUCGGACCAGACCGCGGAGGACCCUGCCGAGACUGGUUACGAUCCAGAGAAGACCAGCGAGGACUUGAACGAAGGCAUUUCAAACCACAAGGACGCAGAGGAGACCAGCACAGGACUAGAGACCAGUCUAGAAUCCAGUCCGGACUUAGAGCGGAGUAAGGAUCGAGAGGAAAACGGGAAAGACCCGAGCAAAUCCGGUUGUGAUCCAGGUAGAACCAGCCAAGACUCGAGCAAAAGCAGUUCCGAUCUCGACAAAUCCAGUUCUGAACCAGCCAAGACCAGCGUAGACCCAGACAAAACCGGUCCAGAGACGGAAAAGUCCAGUUUAAACCCCGGAAAUCCCAGUCCAGACCCGGAAAACCACGACCAGGAUCCGGACAGAACCAGCGCCGAGUCGGAAUCCCGGACAGUAGAGCCACAAUGAGCCCGCGGAAAAGAGGAGGCAGAAAAGCACAGGACAAAAGCGAAUUAUCAAAAGAACGUCGCCCACAAACAAAACAAACAUAACGCCAUUUAUCUCAUUGACCCCAAACAAAAACGAGCUCUGAGGGCCGAGCGGCGCCUGAACGCAUCACGCCGUGUUCAAACGACACGCUAAAGACGCUGUACCUGGGUUUUACCGCCUUAAAAACACAACUAGAUCAUUUUAAACAGUUUGCAGUGGUCCAAAGUCACUCCUCAUUGAACUUAUGCAUUCAGAACAUCAUAAUCACUCGCCAUGAUGAGUUUAUAAGCACUUUUCACACCAGAGACCACUCAUGAUAAAGUAGCAUGUUAACAGUGCACUUCCUGAUUCUCUGACAGUAACGCUCUUCAUAAUUCGAUGCAGACAGAUUUAUUUUGACCCCAGAGCUGUUACUGUCAGACGCUCAGAUACGCGGGAAAAAUCAGGUACAGCCCCUUUAAAGAUCAGAACAGUUUCAACGUGUCAGAUAUUUUCUAUAUUUUUUGUAAAUUGUUCUGCCUCAGAGAUUUAACAUUUGUUUAGUCAAUGAGGAAAGUGGUCCACAUGGUUUGAGUUUAAUUCACUGAGGAAAUCUUCCAUUAAUAAUCUCACAUUUCCGAGUUAAAGGUGCAGUUUGGUUUAAAUGUGACCCACAGGUUUAAAGACGGGGUAUUCUGCAAAAUCUACUCUUUUUUUUUGUAUCUUUCUCCCGUGUUCCAACGCUGUUCCCUCAUCAAAAACAUCCCCGAACAGAUUUUAGAUGUCAUCCAUGGCAUGUCUGAGUCAUCUAGAGAUCUCCCCACUUAGCAGUACGAGCUUGUACGAGGCUCCGCCCACAAGCCGACAUCACCCACGCUCCACACGACAACUCUCCAUAAAUAAACAAGAACAUGACACAAAACUGUGCACUAUGACUUCACAAACCUGAUGUGAUGUGCAGUAGUUUCAUUAGUGCGAUGCAGGUGAGUGUGAUAGAGCUCUGAAGGGGGAGGGGCUUAGCACAGAGAGCAAAGGGAGGAGAGACUCAGAGACAAAAACGAAAGUGACACUUAAAAACAUGUUAAUAAGUUGUUUUGAAUGAAUAUAGUUUUUUCAAAAUAACCUGAUAGCAGUAAAUACCUCCUCUUUAAUACCCCACAGGACUAAAUACCUCCUCUUUAUUACCCCACAGCAGUAAAUACCCCCUCUUUAAUACCCCACAGGACUAAAUACCCCCUCUUUAUUACCCCACAGCAGUAAAUACCCCCUCUUUAAUACCCCACAGGACUAAAUACCCCCUCUUUAUUACCCCACAGCAGUAAAUACCCCCACUUUAAUACCCCACAGAGGUAAAUACCUCCUCUUUAAUACCCCACAGCAGUAAAUACCCCCACUUUAAUACCCCACAGCAGUAAAUACCCCCACUUUAAUACCCCACAGCAGUAAAUACCCCCACUUUAAUACCCCACAGCAGUAAAUACCCCCACUUUAAUACCCCACAGCAGUAAAUACCCCCUCUUUAAUACCCCACAGCAGUAAAUACCCCCACUUUAAUACCCCACAGCAGUAAAUACCCCCACUUUAAUACCCCACAGAGGUAAAUACCUCCUCUUUAAUACCCCACAGCAGUAAAUACCCCCACUUUAAUACCCCACAGAGGUAAAUACCCCCUCUUUAAUACCCCGCAGCAGUAAAUACCCCCUCUUUAAUACCCCACAGCAGUAAAUACCCCCACUUUAAUACCCCACAGGACUAAAUACCCCCUCUUUAAUACCCCACAGGACUAAAUACCCCCUCUUUAAUACCCCACAGAGGUAAAUACCCCCUCUUUAAUACCCCGCAGCAGUAAAUACCCCCACUUUAAUACCCCACAGGACUAAAUACCCCCUCUUUAAUACCCCACAGAGGUAAAUACCCCCUCUUUAAUACCCCGCAGCAGUAAAUACCCCCUCUUUAAUACCCCGCAGCAGUAAAUACCCCCACUUUAAUACCCCACAGGACUAAAUACCCCCUCUUUAAUACCCCACAGAGGUAAAUACCCCCUCUUUAAUACCCCACAGAGGUAAAUACCUCCUCUUUAAUACCCCACAGAGGUAAAUACCCCGUCUUUAAGUCCUGAACAGGCUCUUUUCUCAGCCUGUGGUUUAUAAACGUUGACGUGACGUCUGGACUCAUGGGCUGGCCCUGGGUGUGUUUGAACUUUUAUAUACAUUUUUUUUAUUUUAAUUCUAUUUUUAAUGAUGUGAAACGAUGAAACUGCUUCAAACAUGUGCCAUAAGGAAAAGGAGGAGUGAGCGUUUCUAAAAUGUGGGUCGACGCAAACAAAACACAAAUACAAAGGAACUGUAUGUGAGAGUUUGAUUUAAAUUACAUAAACUACGAAAACACUGGACAUGAUCUUGUUUAUUUGUUAUAAUUUGGUGUUUUUUGGUUCCAAUCAGAAAGCAGAACGUUCCUCACCUGACUCUCGUUUGGGUUGCCAGUUCCAAAGCUGAAAUCCAGUCGUUUUACCCUCAAAAGCCUCUGAUCUGAUUGGUCACUGCCCAAAGGCUCAGACGUGUAGUACCUCUGUGAAGCAGCAGGGGGCAGGAUACAUACAGUUCCUUUAAAUCUCUUAUGAUAAUUCCUGACACGGCGGCUGUUCCUGUUUCCGUCUCCUCGGUGUUUUCCGGUCGGGCAGAAUGCACUGAUGCACUUUACGCGACAGACUGGGACACGGGACAGGUUUGGACGUGUUUUUGGGACAUGUUUUUGGGACAUGUUUUGGGACGUGUUUGGGGCGUGUUUACGGAGCGCCUGCAUCCUUGUCGUGCCAUACCCGGAGGACCUGAUUUUCCAAACUUCCUUUAGCUAAAAAAAAAACAAAAAAAAAAACAGCAACAGUAUUUAUUCUUGUGUUCUCCCUGUGUCGCCCCCUGGUGUCCGUACGGAGCGCCUGCCUCUCGCUGUUGUCGUGUUUUGGUGCUUUUUUAUUUUUAUUUAAAUUCUUCCAUCUGUUUAAAAACUGCACUUUGGUCUGAAGUUUGGACCACACGGGACUAAAGGACCUGUGCUGUCUGUAGAUGUGUCAGAUGCCCUCCCAUCCCCCCCUUAAAUCCCUGUGUCAGAUGCCCUCCCUCUCAUUU